CUCUUUUCUUGCACAGUGAGGCUACGAUCAAUAAAUUCUAGCUUCCAGCCCCAUCGCAAGACCAUGGAUCGACUUGCGCUCGGCCUAUCUCUUCUCUUCUCGUCUCUCCUUCUUUCCGAAUGCAGUGACAUAAUCUCCACGAGUUUCGCCGAUGAAGCCUCGCCUCUGGGGGCAUUCGAAUCGGCUCGCUUCGGCGAGCAGAUGAGAAGAGGCGUUUUCACGGCCGAUGCAAAGCUUUGCCACCGUGCAGGAUUUUUUUGUCAUCCUUAUGGAAGGCAUGGAGGCAAUGCCCACUUUGGCGAUGCUGCAGAGAAGACCGCCCUUGCAGCAAGCAAGCUCGGAGGGAAUGCUCACUUUGGUGACUUCCAUGACCGUGUACGCUCGCUGGAAGCCAGAGAUCUUGGCGGCAAUGCACACUUUGGUGACCUCAAAGAUCAUGGAGCUCUGGGUGGAAACGCUCACUUUGGUGACUUUCAUAAGGAUCACGGGCUUGGCGGAAAUGCUCACUUUGGUGACACUGGAUUGGGUGGAAACGCGCACUUUGGUGACUUCAAAGACCACGGAUCAUUGGGUGGAAAUGCACACUUUGGCGACUUCAAAGACCAUGACUUGGGUGGCAAUGCCCACUUUGGCGAUUUCAAAUCAUUGGGUGGCAACGCCCAUUUUGGCGAUUUCAAAGACCAUGGUUUGGGUGGCAACGCGCACUUUGGCGAUUUCAAAGAUCAUGGUUUCGGUGGUAAUGCUCACUUUGGUGACUUCAAAGACCAAAGUUUGGGUGGAAAUGGUUACCAUGGAUCAUUGGGUGGUAACGCCCACUUUGGCGACUUCAAAGACCAUGGUUUGGGUGGCAACGCGCACUUCGGCGAUUUCAAAGAUCAUGGUUUGGGUGGUAAUGCUCACUUUGGUGACUUCAAAGACAAAAGUUUGGGUGGCAAUGCUCACUUUGGCGACUUUAAGGACCAUGGCAAUGGAGACUUCAAAGGUUUAGGUGGCAAUGCUCACUUUGGGGACUUCAAAGACCAUGGUUUAGGCGUAAAUCCUCACUUUGGUGAUGCUUCUCUAGGUGGAAAUGCUCACUUUGGUGACCACGGAUUAGGAGGAAAUGCUCACUUUGGCGAUGCUUCUGUCAAACCAAGCACUAGUUGCAAGAAGAACAUGCCGCUGUAUUUGAUCCAGAUUUUUACUGAGUACGAGGAAGAGGGUUAUGGAGGAAGGAAGUCACUGCACUCUAUGGACUGGCCAACCAUCAAAGCCUUAAUAACGAAGUGCUCCCCUGGAAUGCUCCACCACUUCUUCACACUGGAAGAACUCCGACAAAGAAACGGAACUGAAAGUGUCCUCCCAAACAUCCGUGACACUUAUCCUCCACGGGCACUCCUGCCAAGCGCAAUGGCUAAGCACACAAACUUCGGUAAGCGGAGCCUUGACUCAUACUUGAAGGAGUUUAACGUCCCAAAGGAGUCUCCACUGGCAAGAAAAAUGGCCUUCACUCUGGAACUCUGCAAUGACAAUGCUGGGGGGAAGAUGAAGUGUGUGGCUUCCACGGAAGAAAUGGCCGAGUUCGUCACCUCCACCCUUGGCCCUGUGGAGAUUACCAUGGUGACAGGAAGCAAGGCUUUUGCGGCCGAGGUUGGAAAAACUAUCAAGCUUGGCGAGGUCAAGCCCAUCACGAAAGGCGACACUCUUAUGGUCGUCUGCCACACGACUAUGUUUCCAUACAAAGUUUACUUCUGUCACAAGGUGAGUAGCACCAGCGCUUCCAAAGUAAAUGUGAAGACCAGCAGUGGCAUGGAGCUCACUCCAAACGUUCUGUGCCACAAGAUGGGCAAGACUUAUGUUUGUCACUGGUUUGUGGAAACGGUCAUUAUGUUCGUUCCCAUUGCCACUGUUUAUGCUUGAUUGUAUCUUAGUCAUAAUAAUAAUAAUACUUAUUGGCUUU